CCUUCACUCUUGGCACGAACCUGCAACCAGACCAGGAUUCUGAAAAUGGAAAAAUGGGAUACAGCCCCUUGCGUCUCCGUCCUUCCCUGCAUCCACCAAAACCUCCACCGGCUCCUCCACUUUCUCUCCACUUUUCCAAAACUGUGUGCAUUCCCCUUUAAGGGGCUGGGCAUCUCUCCCGCCCUCUGCAGAGUCGACUGAAGUUUCCGAGGAGCCUCCUAGCUGGGUUGGACACACCUUUCGAAGACCCCUAGUCGAGCUCCAUGCACCACAAAGGGCUCUUUCCCAUAGUGCUGUCCCCCUGCCCCUCUCCCUGACCUCCCUCUUCUCAGCUACAAGAUUCAGCCUCUCCCCAAGGGGCUGGAGCAUCCUAAACGUUUCCCACCCUUCACGGCUCUGUCCCCGGAUGGAGCCAGAGAAAUGUGGUGGGGGGGCCGGGGCCAGAGUUUCAACAUCGCCCCCCAGAAGGAGGAGCCAGAGAUGGGGCUCUCUGGGCCAAAGUGUGUCGGGCGGACCGGGAUGCUGGAGCCCAGGAGUCGGCAGCUUGACGGUCACGUGGCCUCUGGAUGCCUCCCAGGGGAGCAGAUCCUAGCAUGGGCCCCAGGGGUGAGAAAGGGACUGGAGCCUGAACUGCCUGGAACCCUGAUCUGCACCAACUUGAGGGUCACCUUCCAGCCCCGCGGAUGGCAGCGGAGUCAGGAGACUCCCUUGAGCAGGGAAUACGAUUUUGCCCUGGUCAACAUCGGGCGAUUAGAGGCUGUGAAUGGCCUGUCCAGAGUCCAGCUCCUCCGCCCAGGGUCCCCACUUAAAUUUAUCCCUGAAGAGAUUCUCAUUCAUGGCCGAGACUUCCGGCUGCUCAGAGUUGCUUUUGAGGCUGGAGGACUAGAGCCUCAGGCCUUUCAGGUGACCAUGGCCAUUGUCAAAGCCAGAGCUCAGAACAGUCAAGCCCAGCAGUAUGCAGGCAUACCCCUGAGCAAGGCUGGCCAGAGUUCGGGGACCAAACAACCACCUAUUCCCCUCCUGGAGACAUCAGACGACUGGGAGACCGAGCGGAAAAAGCAGGGGGCCAGGGGCUGGAGGGUCAGCACCGUCAAUGAGAGGUUCGACAUAGCCACCAGCCUCCCCCGUUACUUCUGGGUCCCUAAGCGAACUCUGGACAGUGAAGUCAGGAGGGCAUUUGGACACUUCCAUCAGGGCCGUGGACCGCGCCUGUCCUGGCAUCACCCUGGGGGCAGUGAUCUUCUCCGCUGUGGUGGCUUCUACACAGCCAACGACCCUAACAAGGAGGAUAUCAGAGCAGUGGAGUCAAUGCUCCAGGCCGGGCAUUCGGAUGUUGUCCUGGCAGACACGGUGGAUGAGCUGCCUAGUCUUGCAGAUGUCCAGCUUGCUCACUUGAAGCUCAGGGCUCUUUGCCUGCCUGAUUCCUCUGCAGCUGAGGAGAAAUGGCUCUCAGCCCUGGAAGGAACACGAUGGUUGGAUUAUGUCAGGUCUUGUCUUCGAAAGGCCAGUGACAUCUCGGUCCUAGUGACAUCCAGGGUUCGCUCUGUAGUACUACAAGAGCGCGGUGAUCGUGAUUUCAAUGGCCUCCUCUCUUCACUCGUCCAGCUGCUUUCAGCCCCUGAAGCCCGAACACUGCUUGGCUUCCAGUCACUAGUGCAGCGAGAGUGGGUGGCAGCUGGACAUCCCUUCCGGACCCGACUUGGGGUAACUAGAGCCAGUGAAGAGGCUCCAGUGUUUCUCCUCUUCCUUGACUGCGUCUGGCAGAUCCUCCAGCAGUUUCCAGCUGAGUUUGAAUUCUCAGAGUUUUUCCUUCUUGCUCUUCAUGACAGUGCCAGGGUUCCUGACACCCUCACAUUCCUGACAGAUACUCCCUGGGAGCGUGGAAAGCAAGGCGGACAGUUCAACUCCUAUACACAAACCUAUACCCCAGGGUACUGCCCACCCCCUGCUGGGAACUCUGUUAACUCACAGCUGUCUGUCUGGGACUGGGAGUUACGCUACAGCAGUGAACAGAUGCUACAAUUCCAUAAUCCUGGCUAUGACCCAGAACACUGCCCAGAUUCGUGGCUUCCUAGACAGCAGCCAAGCUUCAUGGUUCCUGGACCCCCCAGUUCUGUGUGGCUCUUCUCCAGAGGGGCCCUGACUCCCCUGAAUCAGCUCUGUCCUUGGCGCGACAGUCCCUCCCUGCUGGCAGUCUCUUCUCGUUGGCUCCCUCGACCAGCUGUCUCCUCUGAAAGCCUGGCUGAUCAGGAGUGGGGGCUCCCCUCACAUUGGGGGGCUUGCCCCUUACCCCCGGGGUUGCUGUUGCCUGGAUAUUUGGGACCCCAGAUCAGGCUGUGGAGACGCUGCUACUUGAGGGGAAGGCCUGAGGUCCAGAAAGGCCUCUCGGCUCCCACAGUCUCCGGCCUCCAGGAUGAGCUAUCCCGUCUCCAGGAGCUUUUAAGGAAAUGGACACCAAGAACAUCUCCUGAGGAUCACUCCAAGAAAAGAGACCCAAAUACCAUUCUCUCCAGUCCCAUUGAAAUUACUGUCUUUCUUAUGGGCACGGCAGAGGGCAGUCCAGGGUGAGGGAGCCUUCUGUCUAUCUUCCGAUUUUUCUUAUCUGGUCUUGCUGUCUCAGCUUUUGACAUUCCAGCGCUCAAUAGGCUCACUGACCUGACUUUCUGUUGCAGAUGGGUGGUGCUAACCUUCCCUAAUGCUGGCCCUGUCCUGUUUGGUUCCCCAAGAUAGGUUUCUUGUGGUUUGAAGAAUUAAGAAACGAAAGCAACCUAGAACAUUACCUUUUUUUCAGGGCAGUUUCAUCUCCUUGGAUAUCCAACUGUUAAAAUUGUGAGAUGAGAAAUGCUAUUCAUCAGUCUUAACACAAUGGCCUACAGACCUCAUUCUCACCUCCUCUUGUUGCUUCCUUAACCCCAAUUUCUGUUUCUUCCCUGAGUAUGCAGUGGGUGUGUGAGGCACUGUCUCUUCCGAGUGUAUAUUUUAUAUACUGACAUUUCUAUUUAAGGAGUUCAUUAAAGCACCAUAUUUAUACACACAUUGCUGGCAUUCUCUCUUGUGUCUGAAUAAAAGAUCCUAGGUAAAGGGUGGCUGGGUGGCUCAGUCGUCAUU